AUGGCUUGUGCUGUGGAGAGUCUCCGUGAAAAACAUGAGCUGAGUUCCUGGAUACAGCAGUCUUUUAAACAUUAUGUUACGCAAGAAGCUAAGCAACACUUCAACGACUAUGACAAAGAUGGUGAUGGAUUAGUGUCUUGGAAAGAGUAUAAUAUGCAAAUGUAUGAUCGUGAAAUUGAUUUUGAUGAGAACACUGUCCUGGAGGAUCAAGAAGAAGAAUCAUUUCGACAGGAGAAAAAGCGUUUUGAAAAAGCUAAUAGAGAUAAUGUCCCUGAUCUAAAUGUGGAUGAAUUUGUUGCUUUUGAACAUCCUGAAGAGGUGGAGUAUAUGACGGACUUUGUCAUUCAGGAGGCUUUAGAAGAACAUGAUAAAGAUGGUGAUGGAUUUGUUAGCCUGGAAGAAUUUCUUGGUGAUUACAGAAGAGACCCAACUGCAAGGGAAGAUCCAGAAUGGAUACUUGUUGAGAAGGAUCGGUUUGUGAAUGACUAUGACAAGGAUAACAAUGGAAAACUGGACCCUCAAGAGCUGUUGUCUUGGAUAGUACCUAAUAAUCAGGGUAUUGCACAAGAGGAGGCUCUUCACCUUAUUGAAGAAAUGGAUUUGAACGAUGAUAAAAAGCUUUCUGAAGCAGAAAUUCUUAAGAACCAGGAUUUGUUUCUUAACAGUGAAGCAACGGAUUAUGGCAGGCAGCUUCAUGAUGAACGUUUCUACCAUGAAGAACUUUAGAUUAUUUAUUUCGUAAUCUGUUUUUCUUCCCUUUCUUUCAUUUGGAGCUUUUGUUAAAAGCACCCAUCAGCUAUGUUGCAAGUUUUAUGCUGUAAUUACAGUACAGUAAUGUUUGUGUAAAUAAUUUGCAUUCAAAAUUUAAUUGCCCUUCUGCAGACUUCCUUGGGCCUCUUCUAGCCUUGAAAAUUAAUCUUAAAUACUUCCAAAAUUAUAGAGUGUUGGGAAAUAAAUUACUUCUGGGUAGUACUGUAUUGUGAAGAGUUGUUCUACUGUACUUGAAGAAAAUGGAGAAUCUAAAUGAUUCUGAAAGAAUGCAAAACAGUAACUGAGAGACUACUAUUUUUUCUAAUCAGUUUAAUUAGGACAGGGAGUUGAGAAGAUGGGGGGACGUUUAGAGUCAGUAUUAACUGUGUUCUAUUUAAUACUUUUGGAGUGCCUCAAUUGUUUAAGAGGUUUCUACUUAACUUUAAAUGGUUUCUAUACUGUGUUUUAUUGUAUCAUAAAACUUGCUAUUUUUACAUCUAUAGACAAUAAUAAUUUUUAAUGUACAAUUCUACAGCAUUAGCAAUACAAUGGUAUUUUACAGUGUUAAGAGCCUCUUCAUUUGUUGGAUUAAAACUUAACAUAUUCU